AUCCCAAAUUAACAGAGUAAAACUCGUAAACCUAGAGAAAAUUGGAAUCAGGAACACUGCAAACAAACUCUGUUUUCGAUUGGGUAGUCAUCAAUGGGUGCAGGGCAUGCUAUGAAAAGAAUUCCUCGCAUCAAGUUUCCUCAGAGACAUCCCAAUCCCUCUGGUUCUGCACCUGGGGCUCAAGCUUUGUCUUCAACAACCGAUGGCAGUUUACCGUCCUUUACCAGUUCAAAAGCCUUCAUCACGCUUGGAGGGAAGGCCUCUCUUCAACCCAAGAGAACUCCCUUGUCCAAUGAGGAGAUUGAAGCAGUUUUGUUGGGUGGCUCUUUCUAAUGGAGUGUGCUAAAGGGAAAGACUAUAUAUACUGGGAACUCAUUUCUGUGGGUCUAAAAUUCAUUAUUCAAAGUUGAUGAUUCUUUUUGUCGCCAAAUGUUGGCAUAAACAAUACACCGAUUUUAAUUGUGAAUAAUUGAUACACACGUAAAGGAUUAAGAUUGUACAUUUUUUUAUUUUCCCCCUUACUGGAAUUGAAUAUUGACUGGAGAGAAAAGAAGUUUCAAGUUUUGGUUA